CGCCACAUAACAAUUUCGUGAAGUCAUCCCAAAGCGUGGUCUUUGCUGCUACUAAAAAAUCGUGCCACUACUAUAUAAUAGUAGUCGCGUGAAAUUCCCCUUUAUUUACCUUUUUUUUUCUACUUCACUUCACUCAUUUCGUCUCACUUCCGUUCCAUUUUCCUUCAAUAUCACCGAAGCUCAAACAUUCAAAUCGUUCAUCCACCACCUCAUAGCUCCUAUAUCGUCUAAAGUCGCUGUAUUUCAAAAAGCGCAAUAUAAACAAUAUAAUUAUUACUCACAUAGCAACCAUAAAAAUUCUCACGAAUAGCUCUUACGUACCUUGUUCCCGUCACACGUAUUAUAUCUUAGCAUUUGCAUAUCAGACGGACGACCAUGGCUGGUCCACAAGGCUCGGAAUUACCACCAGAUUCAUCAACGGGGGGCCCGGGAAGUCGGUCAAGGGGGGGCAGAUCAUCUCGGGGCCCUGGGCGUCGUGGAGGUCGCCAUAGCAGACCUCAGCGUGCACAACAACUCCCCACAACAAAUGAGAUACCACCACCAAACACACCACCUUCUUCAUCCACCAUACCUUCAAGUCAGAACACCCGAGGUGGAAGAGGCCAGAGAGGCCCUAGAGGUUCAAGGAGAGGAGGCAGUUCGAAUGCCCGACGAACAACACUAGCUACACCACGAUCAUUUGGUGGCCAUUUAACCACCAACAUGGAGUCAGAAGAAUCCAGCCCUGCAAACCCAACAGGGUUAAAUAUCGCUGCACCGGAAUUCGUACCAGGCCAACCGAUACCCGAAAAUACACAGAGCAACAACACCACCAACCAAGAUCCCGCUUACAAGAAGCAAUCUAAGAGUUUUGCUUCCCGAAAAGCUCAAAAAUCUACUGCCGAUGCCCUUUCUACAAGAAUUCACGAAGACAUUAACAAUGGCCAAUAUGAAUGCGUGAUAUGCACUAACGAGGUUCUCCCGAAUUCGAACAUCUGGUCUUGCACUAUCUGUUGGACUGUAGCCCAUUUAGUCUGCGUUAAGAAGUGGUUCGCCAAUAGACCCAAACCUCCCGACGGACAACAACAGCAGCAAAUCAACUGGAGAUGCCCAGGGUGCAACUCGACCUUAGACGACUCGCCCGAGUAUAAUUGUUGGUGUGGCAAAGAGCCCAAUCCCAAGUCGAUACCCGGAUUUAAUCCCCAUAGCUGUGGCCAGCCGUGCUUGAAGACUAGGAAAGGUUGCUUGCAUCCUUGUCACCUCCCAUGUCAUGCUGGACCCUGUCCACCGUGCGUAGCUAUGGGACCGACUCAGCCGUGCCGUUGUGGCAGACAUAAAUCUACGAGACCGUGUAGUGAUACGGAUUACGAGAGUACUUGGUCUUGCCACGAGAUCUGUGGGGAGCCUCUUGCCUGCGGAGAGCACGAAUGUCAACAGGAAUGCCACUCGGAUUACUGCGGGAAUUGCACGGCUCCCGUACUUUCUCUCUGCUUCUGCGGCCGAGAGUCAAAGGUGAUUCCUUGCGGCCAACGUACUGACAAAAAGCCGUCUUACAAUUAUGGGCAGCUCAAAGAGAGUCCCUCGACUAACAACGACUUAUCCGACGGUUGGUAUUUGGGCUGUUUUGAGUGCGAUUCUAUCUGUGGCAGAGCAUUCGAUUGCGGAAAGCACUAUUGCGAAAAGGGAUGUCACCCUCAAGAUGCCUCCGAAGCACAUUGUCCACUAUCCCCUGAUAUCAUCACCUGCUGCCCAUGCGGCAAAACACCACUAGCGGACUUUAUAAGCCAACCCAGGACGAAUUGCGAUGACCUGAUCCCCAGCUGCGGGAAACGAUGCAACAAGCCACUAUCAUGCGAGCAUCUUUGCGAGGAUGCAUGUCAUACAGGUCCUUGUACGCCGUGCACACAGAAGAUAGAUAUUGCUUGUAACUGCGGCCGGACAACGACGAGAUCUGUGUGCCAUCAAGGCAAACUCGAAAAGCCCGAAUGCAUGAGAGUUUGCCACGCGCAGCUGAACUGUGGAAGACACGAGCAUAGCGAGCAUUGCUGUCCUGCAGAAAAGAAAGCGGCGGAACGAGCAGCGUUGAGGAAGAAAAGUAGUAGACACGGCAACUACAUGAACGACGAGGUGGAACCGGAACAUAUUUGUCUUCGCACCUGUGGGCGACCACUGAAAUGCGGCAAACAUCUAUGUGAGCAAUUAUGUCACAAAGGCUCAUGUCCUUCUUGCCCCGAGGCUAUAUUCGACGAGAUUAGGUGUCAUUGUGGUCGAACUGUCCUCCAGCCGCCGCUCCCCUGUGGUACUCAACCCCCACCCUGCCGAUUCGACUGUACCAGGCCUCGACCGUGUGGCCACCCUCAGAUAUCACAUAACUGCCACCUUGAUGAAGAGUUAUGUCCAAAAUGCCCAUUUCUUGUCGAGAAAUGGUGCGUCUGUGGGAAGAAACCCCUUAAAAACCAGCCUUGCUGGUUUGAAGAGCCACGUUGUGGUUUACCCUGUGGCCGAAAACUCAAGUGUGGUGCCCACACCUGCGAGAAAACAUGCCAUCGUCUAGGUGAAUGCGAAGAUGCCGGGUCGCGAUGUAGCCAGCCUUGCGGGAAAAUUCGGACGUGUGGCCAUUCUGAUGUCGAACGGUGCCAUGCCCCAUACCCAUGCAAGGAGGACAAACCUUGCCAGGCAAAGACAUUCAUAACUUGCGAGUGCCAACGUAAGAAGCAGGAGGUAAAGUGUUUGGGAACUAAGAGAAACCCAUCACCCGACCGUGGAACACUUCCAUGCGAUGACGAGUGUCUCCGCUUGAAGCGGAAUGUUCUCUUAGCUAACGCGCUCAAUAUCGACCCGCAGAGUCACACCGAUGACCAUGUUCCCUAUUCCGAGACCACCCUCAAGUUCUAUAGUGAAUACACCCAAUUUGCGCAGACAUACGAACGAGAAUUUCGAGUCUUCGCUGCUGCUCCAGGGGAGAAAUUACUCAGACUCAAACCAAUGAAGUCACAUCAACGCGCCUUUCUCCAUUCAUUAGCCGAAGAUUUCGGAUUUGACAGCCAAAGCGCCGAUCCGGAACCCAAUCGACACGUCUGCCUCUUCAAGACCCCCAGAUUUGUAUCAGCUCCAAUGAAGACGGUAGCACAGUGCGUGAAGAUUAGAGCUGCACAAACAAGUUCAUCCGUAGAACAGUCAGCAUGGGGUGGAGAGGGUCUUCCAGGGAAGCAGCCCUUCAAUGCGCUGCUCUUAUCUGCACCAAAAUUCGGAUUGACUAUUGAAGAGUUGGAAUCUGCGCUUAAGAAACAGUAUGCUGCCUAUCCGAAUAUCAAGUUCGAGGCAGCUUUUCUAUCCGACACAGUCAUCAUCAAGGGGUUCGGUUCAUGGAGACCACAAGAUCUAGAGUCCACUAUGUCGGCACUUAAACCCGACGUAUUAAACACGGUCACUAGUCUCAAAUACGCCGAAAGCGUGUCACUCUGUCAUGUCGACAAUAACCUGAACGUAUUACGAAACGAGAAAGGGGAAAAGGAGAGUCAACGCACUGACGAUAAGGGCUGGAGUGCCGUUAUUCGCCGUUCUUCUCGCCAUAACGCAAGUGCCGCCCCGGCUUCUAAGACACUACCGAUACGCAACACCUUCGUCGCUCUCAAGAAGAAGACACCGAAGAAGGAGAAUAAACCUGUCGAGGAGGAAGUUGAAGACUGGGAGAAGGAGGCGGAAAAGCUGGGAGAGGAGGAAGAAAAAGCUUAGUACCCUACUUAUUCUAGGACAUGGCCAAGGCGUUUUGCGUAGCACGGCAUGUUGCAUAUGAGUCCACGAGACGAUCAUGGCUAGUUGCUUUGCUUUGCUUGAGCUGGAUGGUGACGGAGGGGAGUGUUCGACUACGAGCUUACAGCUCAGGUCGAUGGCAUUGCAGCAGAUCCUUGAUGGACUCGCGCAUUUUUCGGCAAUUAGGGUAAAACCUAUAGUAAAAAGU